UGGUGGAGGUCUCCGCGCCUCUCUGGAGACCAGUGGUCUGGCCCCAGAGGUGCGGCCGCGGGAAGUGGACAUUCUUUGUCAGGACCCUAGCGGAGGUCGCGCCGGGUGUCGCCUGUGAGGGGGAUCCUCGGUUCCUGCGCGGUCUCUUGCUUUUUUUAGGAUCUUGCGGGCCCUUUGGGGAAAAGGUUUCCAAAUUUUUCCUCAAAAAAAAAAAAAAUUGUUUUUCCUACCAAUGAUUUUCGGUGCAUUCCGCCCCAACGAAAAAUAUGUCCUGGCAAAGUCAGUUCCCUAGGAACCCUAUACUUUAUUUUAUUUUUUUUUUUAGUAUUUGGAGUGGUUUGUGGGGGUUUGGUUAUUACGGAAGGGGACGUUAUUACAGACGUAGAAUUAGCGAUGCCAUGCAGUGUAGUUAAAAUAUUGAGGUUGUGGUUACAUAAUAAACAAAAGAGCCUUUUCUUACGUCUAAAUUAUUUAUUGGGAAUGUAGGACAAAUAAGGAAGUAUAUUAACAUUUUUCGGUCACCAGGUCCACAAAGUUGGAUGGUAAAAUCGAUACUUUAGAUCGCAGCAUUUAAGGACUAACCCAAUGCACCAUGAAAACGAAGGCCAGACAGUCUGCUACCAUAUGGCGGGUGGUGUGGGAGGGGCCGUUGAUCCUGUAUAAAAAAGAGUACUACCUUGGAUUGUGAAAAAUGAAUGUUGGACCUGUAGGUCCAAGUUCUUAAAAAUACUCUAGACUAAAGAAAAAUUGUUUUUUUCCUAAUACUGAAUUGGUCCACAAUACAGUACAGGGGAGUCUAUAUAAUGCUCCAUUGGGAGGUGAGUCAGCUUGCAAUAAUGGAAGAGCUUUUUCUGUUAUUAUUUUGGAAAAAAAAAAAAAAUUGCCAGCCUGCCACUUGUGCUAGGCUGCAGAUGGCCCAUACAGAUAGUUUGUCAGAUACUUCAGUAGUGAGAUACUUCCUGGAUGUGUUUUGCAGAAUGGUUUUGAUUUAGUUAACUAGUGUUUGUUGAGUGCCUCCUGUUGCCUAAGAAUCAGUAAUAGGUGAGAUAGGUGAGAUCGGGGAAGGAAUCUGCUCUUACAGAGUUGAAUGGGAGAGGGGAUAGAUUCGCUAAAAUACUUCCACAAUAAAUGCAUUUUUCCAUGUCAAAUAUGUGGAACCAAUAAUAAGUACUCAAAGAUAAAGAGAUUUAAGACAUUGCUGUGACCCAUCUAUGAGUUAAUAAGGAACGGAAUUAGAGUCCUGACUUUGAGGGUGAAGAUAGAGGAUUACGUACAAGGUAGAAUUGAUGCAACUUGUACACCUAUGAUAUGUGUUUUAGAAAUAGCUGUUAAACUUUGGUUUGAAUGAAGAAUGUCUCUCAAUUCACCUAUAUUUCUCAAACGAAGUGAAGAAAAUAAUUCAAAAUUUGUGGAAACAAAACAGUCACAAACUACUUCCAUAGCUUCAGAAGAUCCUCUUCAAAACUUAUGUUUAGCAUCUCAAGAAGUUCUUCAAAAAGCUCAGCAAAGUGGGAGAUCAAAAUGUCUCAAAUGUGGUGGUUCCAGAAUGUUCUACUGCUAUACAUGUUAUGUUCCAGUUGAAAAUGUACCUAUUGAACAGAUUCCACUUGUGAAGCUUCCAUUGAAGAUUGACAUCAUUAAACAUCCAAAUGAAACAGAUGGCAAAAGUACUGCUAUACAUGCAAAACUCUUAGCACCUGAAUUUGUAAACAUUUACACGUAUCCUUGUAUUCCAGAAUAUGAAGAAAAGGACCAUGAAGUUGCACUCGUUUUUCCUGGACCUCAGUCUAUCUCAAUAAAAGAUAUUUCUUUUCAUCUGCAAAAAAGGAUUCAAAAUAAUGUUAGAGGCAAAAAUGAUGACCCUGACAAGCCAUCUUUUAAACGCAAAAGAACUGAAGAACAACAGUUCUGUGAUUUGAAUGACAGCAAGUGCAAAGGCACACCACUGAAAAAAAUUAUAUUUAUAGAUAGUACCUGGAACCAAACAAACAAAAUAUUCACUGAUGAGCGACUUCAAGGGUUGUUACAAGUUGAGUUGAAAACAAGAAAAACUUGCUUUUGGCGCCAUCAAAAAGGAAAGCCAGAUACUUUCCUUUCUACAAUUGAAGCCAUUUACUACUUUCUGAAAAGGAAAAAAGAAUGGAAGAUGGAGCCAAAACCCCAGAGGGAGGAGCCAAGAAGCAAGGAGAGCAAUGGAUUAGGAAACCACUACCAGAGGGAUGAACUGAACCACAAUCAAAGAGUAGCCUCUUCCUUUGGUGUAGGGGAGCCCUGAAAACAAUUUUACUUGUAUGCUUCUUGUUUCCUUGUCUCCUUUUUUGAAUGAUAGUCUCUGUGUGGUGUUCCUAUCCUAGAAAACCUUAACUGGGACAAGCUACUCUCAAGCAUCUUCACUUGAGAAACAGUAACUGAGGAAGUUUGUUAUAUCUGGACAUGGUUUAGAUGAUAAGAUUCUGAACUUAAACUUAUGUCAUAAUGGAAUGAGACUCUUAGGGUACAGAGUGAGUAUAUUUUUGUAUGUUAGUGAGACAAAAAUUGUGGCCAGGGGGCAGAUUUGUGAUCAUUUUCAGAUGUCCCUCAAACAAUUCCUUCCCUUCCUUGGACUCCUCUCUUCAGAGGGUAGAGUCCAAUUCCUUUUCCUUUUAAUCUAGAUUGGCCUUCUAACUCACUUUGACCAAUAAAAUGUGGUAAAAGUAAGGUCUGACAGUUUUAACUUUCACUGUCCUGAGCCUUCAUGUUAGAAUUCCAGGAUAUCCUUCUAGAGAUAUCCGUAUCUCUAGGGACAUGGUGAGUCCCUAGAGACACCACAUGGAAAGGCCACCUAGGGAAGAACAGAGAUGCCCCAGUCAAUAGCACUGCCUUAGUCAGUUGGAGCUGCUAUAACAGAAAUAUCAUAGAUUGAGUGACUUAAACAACAAAUUUAUAUCUUACAUUUCUGGAGACUGAAAAUCUGGAAAUCCAAGAUCAGGGUGUCAGCAUGGUUGGGUGUUUAGUGGGUGCUCCCUUCCUGGUUUGCAGACAGCCAUCUUCUUGCUAUAUCCUCACAUGAUGGAGACAGAGAGCACUCUGGUAUCUUUGUCCCCUUAUAAGGGCACCAAUCCAAUCAUGGAGGGUCUUCAACCUCAUGAUUUCUUGGAACCAAAUUACUUUCCAAAGUUCUCACCUCCAAAUCUAGCACAUUGAGGUUUAGGGCUUCAACAUAUGAACUUCAUUGCAUAGAAAGCACCAAGGCCCCAGACAAGUUAGAGAGAUCUUGAACCUUCUAACUCAACUUAGCCACUGUCUGCAUGCAACCACAUUAGUGACCCCAGGUAACACCAUUUGCUGCAGAAGAACCACCAGCCAGUACACAGAAAUGAGAAAUUUUAAAAUAAUCUAUUUAGGUAAUCAAGUUUUAGGGUGGUUUAUUACAUAGCAAUUGAUAACUGAUACAACAGUCUUUUUGUUUGUAGAAGAGGGGUAAGAAAAAAAGACUUAUGAAGAAAAGACCUGUAGAAAAUCGGGGGCCUAUGUACCUCUAUUUUUUUUUCAUACUGUGUUUCUUUUAAUCCAUGCUGGUGGUAUCUUCAUCAAUGCAAUUUUCUUUAAAACUCUGUGAGCCUUUAUAUCAGAUUAGUCCACCCCAUUAGAAAAAAAAAAAGCCACUUCCAUAAAUACUGAGACAUUCCCUUUCUACCUUUGGCUAAGAUCAGGGUGCUAUAGAAAAUUUCCAUAAGAUUAUCUAGCCUACAGGGCCGAUGAGGUAUUGCUUGAAGUCGUUCUAACGUCUUCACAAAGGAUCUUACAGCCUUUGCUUUAUUAUCACUCUGGGACCAUGUUUUACUGUUGGCAUGUUCGGCUUUUCUCAUCUUUUCCCUGAGAUCAUUUAUGAUGCAGAAAAUACUUUGCUGGCUGAAGCUGGGAAUAGAAAACAGUAGAGAAUACUUCAAAGAGUAUUCUAGAUAUGCACUAUAGUAAGAUAUGCUGUCUACAUAUCUUACCUUCCUCUCUAGGCCCAUCAUAAAAAUCUUUGAAAAAUUAAUACUACAUUAUAGUAUGAAUAUAAGUUAAACUUAGAGGUGAUAUCUAUUUUGUGGUUAAAUGUAUUAUAAACAUUUAUUUAGUGAAAUACGGUACAAUUAUAACAAGCUUCAAUGAAUAUUUAAUGAGCAGCUGUUAAUAUCUGAAGCAGAAAGAAAGAUGAAUAAAAAUUCUAGUUUUGCUUUUAAAAGUGAAGGCUAAUUAUUAGCUCAAGAAAUACUUUGUGUUUGUCCUAUGUGAAAGUAUUGAUUGCACCUGGUUCUCUGCUGUAAAUUAAAUAAAAAUUCAAACAUU